CCAGGUUGAGCUAAGGCUAUUUCCGGUCGUCAUUCAACAAAAUAGCUUUAAGUGAAAUACGGCAGUCUUGUUUUCCCUGAUCUGCUUUAUUACCGAUAGGCGAAGAAGUUCAUUUCCAACCCUGGGCUGUGGCAAGGCAUAUUUUUCUCUAGUUGUGCUAUCUCGAUCCGGAUUCUGUAACCACACAUCAUGACGCUGUUUCAUUUCGGGAACUGCUUUGCUCUGGCAUAUUUUCCUUACUUUAUAACAUACAAGUGCAGCGGCCUCUCAGAAUACAAUGCCUUCUGGAGAUGUGUCCAGGCUGGAGCAACUUAUUUGUUUGUCCAGCUUUGCAAGAUGUUGUUCCUUGCAACAUUUUUCCCCACAUGGGAAGGAGGAGCAGGAGUUUAUGACUUCGUAGGGGAGUUUAUGAAAGCAACAGUGGACCUGGCCGACCUGCUGGGCCUCCAUCUUGUCAUGUCUCGUAACGCUGGUAAAGGAGAGUACAAGAUCAUGGUGGCUGCUAUGGGCUGGGCAACAGCAGAGCUUGUAAUGUCCAGGUGUCUUCCUUUGUGGGUCGGAGCCAGAGGGAUUGAGUUUGACUGGAAGUACAUCCAGAUGAGUUUUGACUCUAACAUUAGUCUGGUGCAUUACAUCGCCAUGGCAGCAGUAGUAUGGAUGUUCACACGAUACGACCUUCCUAAGAGCUUCAGACUCCCUGUUACUGUGCUGCUGGCUCUCUGUGUCUACAAGGCCUUCUUAAUGGAGUUGUUUGUCCACGUCUUCCUGCUGGGCAGCUGGACGGUGCUGCUGGUGAAGGCCGUGCUGACCGGUGCCAUCUCUCUCUGCUCACUGUUUCUCUUUGUCACUCUGGUCCACAGCAACUAAACAGCUCUGACAAUAUCCUAUGACAGACUGAACCCGGGUUUGUCAUAAAAAAAUGACUCCUGAGAUCAUUUCAGUCUUUCUUGUCACCAUAAAACACCAGAGACUGAUGGAGAGUGCUGGUUUGAGUUUGAUGGUUGGACUGAUUUGACCUACAAAUCCAGAAAAAGAACUCGCCAGUAGGUGAAGCAACCAGUUAGUCUUGUUUGGUUUUCUCUGACACAGAUGUGUCGUGACACCGGGAAGCUUCAGUACGAUCGGCCUGCCUAAGCUGUGAUGUUUUCUUUUUUAAAGGUGAUAUUUUUUAUAUCAGUAGAGCCAGAAAUGAAUUAAAACUUAAUGAAUAACUUAAAUCUUUCCUAUCAGAUGUCCAUGCAUACAUGGCCACAUUAAGAGUUAGUACAUUUAUUAGUGAUUUUCUUCUGUUAUAGUUUAUUCUGUUGCCACAAAUAUCAAUUUAUUUAUAUCAAGGCAAAAAUAAAACAUAGUGAAACAUGACAGUAGCAAGAUUUUCUCUGAUAAAAGAAAAAAUAUAUAAAGUGAAAAAGCUGAGUACAGCCCUCAUUAUGAUUACACUGGGAUCCUCUCAGCAUUAACACCAACAUUGUAAGAUUCUGUGAUUUUGAUGUUUGAUUAAUAAAUGUUUUUGUCUUA